CAGAAUAAGUUUUAAGUAAAAUAUCAAACAAACAACAAGUGAAAUGAGACUCAAUAUUUACUUAAAAGCAAUUUUAGUAUUUUUUAUAAUUUUUCAAGUAAAAGAUUGUCGUACAUUAGGGCGUAUGUAUGAAUCCGAUAACAAUAAUAAGUAUUAUAUUGAAAAUGAACAAAAGUACAAAUGGGUUGAGGCUUUAAGUACCUGCUUGGAAAUGAACAUGAGUCUAGUAACAAUCGACACGGCCUCUAAGUCCAAUGAAAUAAAUCGACUAGUACUGAAAACAUUCGGCAAAAAAGUAGAACUUUGGGUAGGUGGCCUAAGAAAUCGCUAUCCUAGUCAACAUUUCACUUGGAUACCAACAGCUAAAAGUUUCACUAACACCUAUUGGGAGGGAAAAAAUCCCGAUAAUAGUGGUAAUGCUGAAUAUUGUGUUGAAAUCGGUUGGGGCAAUAAUAUGGAAUGGAAUGACAAAUCAUGUGGUUAUGAAUUAGGGUUUAUAUGUGAGCCAAAUCACCACCAUCUGGAAAAAGCGUCCUGGCAGAAACAACUUCGACAGAGUGCUGAAAAACAACAACUGCUACAAGCUCAAGUCUUGGAAAAGGAUAAACGUGAAAAAAUAUUGUUACAAGAAUUAGAAAGUAUAAAAGAGGCUUUAAAUCAGCAGAAGGAAAAAGUUAAAGAGCUAAUGGAAACGAAUGAGAAAAAUUUACAACAACUUAAUGAGAUGAAAAAUCGAAAAUAUCAUGAUAUAAUAUUGCAUUUUCAUCAAGAUCGAUAUGCUGCAAAUAAUUAAUGUUUAAAUUUGUUGACAUUAAACUAGAAAUUAAAUACUUUGUUGUCACACAAAUAAAUUUAAAAACAAAUGUUUGAAA